CCCCGUAUACCAAUUAUAUAUAGAAGCUGUCUAGAAAUGUCCGUUUCGUAAAUUAUAUUAUAUGGUUGCGCUCAACCUGCCCUCCAAAAGUCGGUUAAUCGCUUUGGAAAAUUCACUAAAUCAUUAGGAAUACUACUCCAGGGCUUAUAGUGACCAAUUUGCCAUUUUAUGAGGUCAUUAAGAAGUUCUUAGCCUGAAAGCAAAGGCUUAGAUAAAAGCAUUUUAUCUGUGUUUGAAUAAAAUCUUUGCAAUUUUAGAAGCCAUAAGGGCACGAAAAAUUCUAAUUUGAGUGCCCGAGUAGUGUAGAAGCUUCAGCUUCCCUAACAGCGAUGAAAGAAGAGGGAGUUAUAAGAAAAUUUAGAAUUUUAUCAAGCCUCACGAGGAGCUUUCCUCAAGAAAACAAUAAUGCCCAGCAACCAGAAAGAUCAAUCGGAUAUUUUAGGGUGCUCUCGCCUCUCUGUAUGACUCGUCGAUUUUCCGAAUUAUUUCGAAAUUCCCAAACUAAUUAUAAUGUUAGUCUUAGUUAGCAAAGUUGGAAAUACUGCAAAAGGCAUGAUGCCGAAGAAGAAUGUGGCAAGGAAAUUCUCAUCAAAACAAUUUUCCUUUCUAUUGUUUUGGCCAAAUGGGCAUCUACCUUGACUUCUCGAUGUCCUGAAAUUUCGAAUCUUUCUUGCUAUCUGGAAGUGGAAAAACUAUAAAAAGAUAAAAAAAUUUGAUUAAAUAAUAAAAUUAAAAAUGAAGACAUAUUUCCUCAUUGCACUCGCCAUGAUGCUGAUCUCUGCAGCUUUCGCAGAGAAAGAAGUUAGCCCUCUGGUGAAAGAGUUACUCGCUUCAGAUGCUGAUCUCCUUACAUUAUGCCCGGGUUGUGCCCCUAAUAUUUGUCAGACUUGAACUUAUGUAGUAAAUCCGGAUCCUGAUGUGUGGUGAAAAGAAGCGCAAGAAUAUUGUCACUGCUGAUCAGGAUGUGUUGGACAUAUGGAUUGCCCAUAAUCGUCAAGUAGUGCUGCAGAUUCUAAAAGAUUGAACUUAAUAUCAAUUGCAAGUUCUUUU